AUGGCCCGCAUUUGUGAUACUAUCGCGGGUGCCUUGAAGGAUGAUCAGCGUGUGUGGGAAGGACUGAGGACAGAGUUCCAAGUCUACACUCCGCCGACCAAAAUCUUCUAUUUCAGUUAUCAUUCAUAUGUUAUUGACUUUGUGCGUGCCGUGGGCGUCGUUGCGAAACCCGAGCUGCUUCUUGGCUCAAUCCAGCUCCGUUCCACGCCCAAGAGUGUUGAGCUAAUCAUACGGGAUGAGAAUAUCAGGCCAGAACUGGCCAUCUGGGUGGAGUUCGUGAAGGAGUCGGUGGUUAAAUCGGAAGCACCGACUGAGGAUGCCACGAUCGAGGGCGGACAACGACGCUUUCAAUUCAACUCUGUGGGUGAAGCUCUGAAUUUUCAUACCCUGGUGCAUAGAUGCUUUGUAUCGAAAGGGAUCCGCAUCGAGAGUCUCUGCGAGGGCAAGAGCGUGGCUGUGAAAAGCCCUGGUGUGGAAGACAUGUAUAAAUGCAUUAAUCUAAUUGCGGACGCUGUGAGUGGCAACGUGAGCUCUUGGGGAUCUCUUGUGGGAGACGAUGGCGAUAUCCCAACAGUUCUACAUUUUGCGCGCCAUUCAAAGCUCGCGAUAUUUGUUCGUGCGGUGGUAAUUGGGUCCAAAUCCGCUGGUCCCUUGUCAGUGACUUCCGACUACACCGCAGUAAAAUUGUCUGGAGAUAUUAGAAGGAGUAGUGACUUGUUCCAUUGGUUGAAGUUUGUUUUGUCCAACGUGGUGAAGCCGGAUCCUGAGGACAAGGUGGAGAAAUGUGGGAUUUUUCUAUGA